AUGGACUUCGACGACCACGACGACGGCGACGAGGAGAUGCGGAUGUCCAUGCCCAUGCCGGUGAGCUCCAGCUACGAGCCCCCGCCGCCGCUCUCCACGGGGUUUGGCGGCGCCGGGGUUGCGCCCAGCAAGCCUCCUGGUGGUGGUGGUGGUGGCGGUGGUGGCGAGCUUGGCGGCCGUGCCAAGGCCCCCGGCGGCGGUGCCAGGUACCGCGAGUGCCUCAAGAACCACGCGGUCGGCAUCGGAGGGUACGCCGUCGACGGCUGCGGCGAGUUCAUCGCCGGCGGCGAGGAGGGCAGCAUCGACGCGCUCCGCUGCGCCGCGUGCAGCUGCCACCGCAACUUCCACCGGAGGGAGUCCGACUUCCCCGCGGGGGGCGAGGGCUCGCCCUUCUCUCCCACCGCAAUGGUCCCCUACGGAGGCGUGCCGCCGCACCACCAGUUCUCGCCCUACUACCGCACCCCGGCGGGCUACCUGCACCACCACCAGCACCACAUGGCCGCGGCCGCCGCUGCAGCCGCGGCGGGGCACCCGCGGCCGCUGGCGCUCCCGUCCACCUCCCACAGCGGGCGCGACGACGCCGACGAGCUGUCGGGCAUGGCGGCGGGGCCCAUGUCGGCGCUGGUCCCGCUGAGCAGCAUGUCCCUGGGCGCGGGCCCGUCGGGGUACGGCUCCGGGUCCGGGUCCGGCAAGAAGCGGUUCCGCACCAAGUUCACCCAGGAGCAGAAGGACAAGAUGCUGGCCUUCGCGGAGCGCGUGGGGUGGCGCAUCCAGAAGCACGACGAGGCGGCCGUGCUGCAGUUCUGCGACGAGGUGGGCGUCAAGCGCCACGUCCUCAAGGUCUGGAUGCACAACAACAAGCACACCCUCGGCAAGAAGCCGCCCAGCAUUUGA